AUGAAGAGGUACGGUGUUGCAGCACUUGAUGAAAGUGACCAUGGCUAUAAGACUGCUGGUGCAAAUCUUGGGAGACAGGGCCAAGAAUUGAAAGAUCAAUUAAGUGUUUUUCAAGAACGACUUGUAAAGUUUGCAAAGGACCAUAAUAAGGAGUUGCGCGCGAAUCCUGACUUUAGGGCUAAAUUUAUGAAAAUGUGUUCUACUAUUGGUAUUGAUCCAUUAUCAUUGUUUGAUAAAGAUAAACACUUAUUUCACGUAAACGACUUUUAUUAUGAAAUUUGUGUGAAGGUAAUUGAAAUAUGUAGGAAGACUAAGGAUUUAAACGGUGGUGUUAUCUCUUUUAAUGACCUAUAUAAAGGAUACUUUAAAAUGACUAAAGUACAAAUGAAUGAUCUCGAAAAGUCAAUAGAAAUGCUUGGCAGUUUAGAAGGGGGAUUUGAAUCCUUUUCUAUAAGGGGUAAAAAAUAUCUACGAAGUGUUCCUAAUGAGCUUACAGGAGAUCAGGCAAAAAUCCUUGAGAUAUGCACUAUCUUAGGGCAUGCUAGUAUAUCACUACUGAGAGCUAACCUAGAGUGGAAGAGUGUUAGAAGUAAAGCUGUCCUUGAAAAGAUGGUUGCUAACGGUCUUUUGUGGGUUGAUGACCAAGCUGAUGGAGAUACUUUAUAUUGGGACCCAUCAUGGAUAUUACACGAAUCAUGA